CUUCCGAGGCUGCUUGCUGCAUCCGGGGACCGCUCCUGUCAGACACCGCAUCCCCCCAGGCCCCGCAAGGCGACCCACCGCGCCGGGGAGAGGCGCCCCGCCGCACCUGCACUCGCACUUGCCGGCACUUGAGUGCGAAAGUUUCAUUUGCCCUGAGCCAUCCCGCAGGGCUGUCUGGGAUACUCGCUGGCACCCCAUGCCCGCAACUCCAACGGGCUUCCGCCUAAUCUGCUGUGUGUAGCGGUUGCUUGCGUGGAAUUCCCAGCCCUUCUGGGGAACAAAGUGUCAGGAUGUCUCAGUGGUAUGAACUUCAGCAGCUUGAUUCCAAAUUCCUGGAGCAGGUUCAUCAGCUUUAUGAUGACAGUUUUCCCAUGGAAAUCAGACAGUACCUGGCUCAGUGGCUAGAAAAGCAAGACUGGGAGCAUGCUGCCAAUGAUAUUUCAUUUGCUACCAUCCGUUUCCAUGACCUCCUAUCACAGCUGGAUGAUCAGUACAGUCGCUUUUCUUUGGAGAAUAAUUUUUUGUUGCAGCAUAACAUAAGGAAAAGCAAGCGUAAUCUUCAGGAUCAUUUUCAAGAAGACCCAGUACAGAUGUCUAUGAUCAUCUAUAACUGUCUGAAGGAGGAAAGAAAGAUUUUAGAAAAUGCCCAGAGAUUUAAUCAGGCUCAGUCAGGAAAUAUUCAGAACACUGUGAUGUUAGAUAAACAGAAGGAGCUUGACAGCAAAGUCAGAAAUGUGAAGGACCAAGUUAUGUGUAUAGAGCAUGAAAUCAAGACUCUAGAAGAUUUACAAGAUGAAUAUGACUUUAAAUGCAAAACCUCACAGAACAGAGAAAAUGAAACCAAUGGUGUGGCCAAGAAUGACCAGAAACAAGAACAGCUGUUACUCAAGCAGAUGUUUUUAAUGCUUGACAAUAAGAGGAAGGAAAUAGUUCACAAAAUAAGAGAAUUGUUGAAUGCCACUGAACUUACCCAGAACACACUGAUUAACGAUGAGCUAGUGGAGUGGAAGCGGAGGCAGCAGAGUGCCUGUAUUGGGGGACCACCGAAUGCUUGCCUCGAUCAGUUGCAGAACUGGUUCACCAUGGUCGCAGAGAGUCUGCAGCAGGUUCGUCAACAGCAAAAGCUGGAGGAGUUGGAACAGAAGUACACCUAUGACCACGACCCUAUCACAAAGAAACAGGUGUUAUGGGAUCGUACCUUUACCCUCUUCCAGCAGCUCAUUCAGAGCUCAUUUGUGGUGGAAAGACAGCCAUGCAUGCCAACUCAUCCUCAGAGGCCACUGGUCUUGAAGACUGGAGUACAGUUCACUGUAAAGUUGAGACUGUUGGUGAAAUUACAAGAGCUGAAUUAUAAUUUGAAAGUCAAAGUCUGUUUGAUAA